CAGACGCUGACUGCGCCUUGGUGAGGAGUGGAGCACUCACCUGCACACCAGAGAGUCGCCUAAACUAAGGAGGAGUAGCCGCACUCUUGCUGAGCGUCAAAGACGGAACAUUGCAAGCACAGUCUGAACCAGCAGAAGAGAGGAGAAGGUUACACAUUUCUCGGGAGAAGAUUUAAGGCUCUGUCUUUUCUCUUUGUGGUUCCUCGACCAGGCUGCUGUGGCUGUCGCUUCUUUAGCCCGCCGCGAUGAGGACCGACCUGGCUGUGGUCCUGACAGCAGCCCUUCUUCUUGACACAUUCCGGGGAAAUAAUGGUGAUCGUGUUUCUGAAGGUCCCUGCCAACCUGGCUUCUCCCAAAGUUUCUACUCCGUCUUGAUUCCAAGGGAUGUACUGCAAGGCCGGGGCAUACUUAAAGGCGCAAGUGUAUCAGCACAGAAAGUAAAGUUUGAUGACUGCAUGGGGAACACAGGAGUGGUUUUUGAGAGCAGCGAUCCCAACUUCACUGUACGGACAGAUGGUUCCAUCUUUGCCCAGGGAGAGGGAGCCUCCUUGGAUGUGCCGGUCCAGUUUAAACUAACAGCAAGUGGUGCUCACACCCAUGUCUGGAAGACUGUGAUCCAGCUGGCACUGAUAGACCCCCCUUCACAUCAACAAAAUGAAAAUGAGGUUACAAUCGAAGAAGGCAAGGCCGCUGAGAGGACAAAGAAGAAGGAACCAUUCCAGGCUCCACCUCCUGUCAUCAUGUUUUCAGGGGGCAACCGGAAUAGCUCCAAGGGUCUACGAAGGCAAAAGAGGGAUUGGGUGAUCCCACCAAUCAAUGUUGCUGAAAAUUCUCGUGGACCAUUCCCUCAGAUGCUAGUCAGCAUUCGUUCAGACCAGGAUCAGGACAUCUCCAUCCGAUACAGCAUCACUGGGGUAGGAGCAGAUCAACCACCUAACGAGGUCUUCAACAUCGACCCUGUGCUUGGAAAGAUGUUUGUCACCAAACCUCUGGAUCGAGAACAUCGGUCAUCCUACCAUCUCCGAGCACACGCUGUGGACAUGAAUGGGAACAAAGUGGAGAAUCCCAUUGAUCUGUAUAUCUUUGUUAUUGACAUGAACGACAACAGGCCAGAGUUCAAGAACCAGGUCUACAAUGGAUCUGUGGAUGAAGGCUCAAAACCAGGAACCUAUGUAAUGCACCUUUCUGCCUUCGAUGCUGAUGACAACACAACGGCAAACGGAAUGGUGCGUUAUCGUAUCCUGUCCCAGACGCCGCACAGCCCCAUCCCAAACAUGUUCACCAUCAAUAGUGAGACCGGGGAUAUUGUGACAGUGGCACCUGGUCUCGAUCGAGAGAAAGUGUCCCAGUAUACUAUAAUCGUUCAAGCGACAGACAUGGAGGGCAACCUGAAUUUUGGCCUGUCCAACACAGCCACUGCCAUCAUCACUGUCACCGACAUCAACGACAACCCCCCCAUGCUGACCUCCAGAACUUUUUCCGGUGAGGUUCCUGAGAACCGUGUGGAUGUUGUGGUGGCUAAUCUGACGGUGAUAGAUGCCGACCAACCGCAUUCCCCGAACUGGAACGCCAUUUACAGGAUCAUCAGUGGAGAUCCGUCUGGCCACUUCACCAUUCGCACUGACCCUGUAACCAAUGACGGCAUGGUGACGGUGGUAAAGCCGGUUGAUUUUGAGAUGAACAGAGCCUUCAUGCUGACAGUGGUGGUGUCUAACCAGGCCCAUUUGGCUAGUGGAAUCCAGUCCUCCCUCCAGUCUACAGCAGGGGUUACCAUAUCUGUGCAGGACGUCAAUGAACCCCCCUAUUUUCCCACAAACCCGAAACACAUCAGAUUUCAGGAGGGUGUUCCUGCUGGCACAAGCCUGACGACCUUCUCGGCCUCAGAUCCCGACCGACUACAAAUGCAGCAGACAAUCAGGUACUCCAAGCUGAACGACCCGGCGGACUGGUUGUCUAUCAACAGAACUAACGGUCAGAUAGUGACCACGGCAAUCCUUGACAGGGAGUCUGUCUAUGUCAAAAACAACAUAUAUGAAGCCACAUUCCUGGCGACAGAUAAUGGCUCUCCUGCAGCCAGCGGCACCGGCACACUGCAGAUCUAUCUGAUAGAUAUUAACGACAACCCCCCAGCACUUACACCCAGGGAGUCUCAGAUCUGUGAGCAGAUGAACAAGAAUGCCAACGGUGUCAAUAUCACUGCUGCUGAUGCUGACAUUGACUCCAACGCCGGGCCUUUUGUCUUCGAGCUGCCCACGUAUCCUUCAAGCAUCAAACGCAACUGGACAAUUACGCGAAUCAGCGGCAACUACGCCCGCCUGAGUCUGAGAUACCAGGUCUAUUUGGAGCCAGGCAUGUAUGAGGUCCCAAUAACUGUGUCCGACUCGGGAAACCCGACCUUGUCCAACAGGUCGGUCAUCAAAGUGAAAGUUUGUCCAUGUGAUCAAAAUGGAGAUUGCACUGCAGUGGGUGCUGUGGCAGCCACCGGCUUGGGAACCGGAGCCAUCAUCUCUAUCCUGAUCUGCAUCAUCAUUCUGCUCAGCAUGGUGCUGCUGUUUGUGGUGUGGAUCAAGCGCAGGGAGAAGGAGAGGCACACCAAACAGCUGCUCAUUGACCCGGAGGACGAUGUCAGAGACAACAUCCUGAAAUACGAUGAAGAGGGUGGGGGCGAAGAGGACCAGGACUACGACCUGAGUCAGCUGCAGCAGCCUGACUCUUUGGAGCACAUCAUCAGCAAGCCUCCAGGUGUCCGCAGGGUGGAUGAACGGCCCAUCAUCCCUGAAUCCCAGUACCCAAUCAGACCUGUCGUGCCCCACCCUGGAGACAUCGGGGACUUUAUCCAUGAGGGUCUCCGAGCAGCUGACAACGACCCCACAGCACCACCUUAUGACUCUCUGCUGGUGUUUGACUAUGAAGGCAGUGGCUCCACCGCCGGCUCAGUCAGUUCUCUCAACUCUUCCAGCACCGGAGAGCAGGACUAUGACUACCUCAACGACUGGGGACCCCGCUUCAAGAAGCUGGCAGACAUGUACGGAGGGGGGGAGGAGGAUUAAAUCUCACAUAAACACACACACUCACGCACUUGUCCUGUCAGCUGGCCUGCCAUGCUAUGUCCCGCCAACACCAGGGGUUGCAACAAGUUCACACUGACUGACCAACAAUCGAACUACCUGCUCCAGAGGUCCGGCGCCGUCUGACUCAAGCAGAAGCUCUGAGUUAUCACAAUUAGUAUUUUCAAAAUUCCAUGUCAUGUUUCAAGCCUGAUGCUGGCUUCAGUCGCUUCUGUCGGAUUUUUGUUUUGUCCUUUUCCUUGUGACUUUGUUUAGCUUUUUUUUUUUUUUGUUCACUCCAUAACAACAGUUGUUCCUUAUUCCUGAAGGUUUUCACUUCCCUCUAGCUGUCAGCCCCUGUCUGCCUCUGUGCAGAAACUUUAGGUUUGAGCCCCUUUAUCUAGGGGGUAACAAAAAGGAACAAGAACCCAGAUAUGACAGUCCCUCCUGUGCGGAGGGCCCUUGUUUAUUCUCUCUUGAACUUGAAUUACUUAGAAUAGAAGCACUGUUGUUUAAAAAAAGUGCCUUCAGUGGUGCAUAUUUUAACAGACUCCCUCUAACUCAGGAUUAGUUGCCAUUUUCUGAGCGUAUGCGCCUUCAUUUGACCCCCGACCCUUUAACUCAGACCUUUCCAUCAUGCUGCAGGGCUGUGGUUUAUCUGCGGGAGGUGGCAGUGUUGCUUUCAGCUUUGACCAGCUAACGAGGGCGUGUUAUGUAGACAUACUGUUCACUGGCCUACAGGGAAAAAUCAGUAAACGUUUAGAGCAUAUGUGCAUUCUUGAUUGCAUAAAUCACAAAAAUAUGAGAUGGGACUGUCGUGGAGAAGUGUCUUUGUUUCUUGUGGCUUCACUAGCAGCUGUGUUUGUUUUGAACUCACAGUGUUCGCACCUAACAUAUUUCUCAGCUCGUGGCAGAGUCAUGUUUCCCAUCUCGUGAUGGGGGGUCUUUGCCUUUAAAGUCAUUUGAGGUUUGCAUGUUUAUCCACACCCCCAAAGGGUAUGUCCAUUUUACAAGUUUACUUGUGGUAUAAUAUGAUUUUUUUUUUAAAAACAUAAAAUUUUGCAAAUACAAAGUAAAAUAGUCGACAAACGGAAUUCACCGGGAGCAGUGGUUCUCAACUAGUAUGGCUGCGGGACCCACCAUCACCCUUCAAUGACAAGCGGUGACACAAAUUGCGGAAAUUUUUGAACGUACACUUCUCAAAUUCCUUAUAUAUCUUAUCUGACGAAAAGGCAUUAAAGUGCAGUUUGAAUUUGAGGUAGUGCACAAUAACCAAUUAAACGAGGUUAAUCAAGAUCAUUUCAGGAACAAUAAAUAUGUUUGUAGCCACAAUUUCAAAAAUUAUAACAACAAAAAGUGUCUGUAGAGGUUUUCAGUAAACGGCAUAUCUGGGGUGUUGAAUCACAGCGUUUGCACAUGAACCUGGAUAAGAAGUGAAACAAGAAAUUAAAAAUAAAGGACCUAAAAAUAAUAGGACCUUUUCUUUUGGUGACCGCUCCUCUGCCUGCGCCAAUCGAUUGUAUUGAGCAUUAAACAGUGCUGUCAUACUGUACCUGGUAGUCUGCAGUGUGGGUGGAAUUCCCCCACAUGAGCUUUUAUAUGCCGCGCUCUCUUCCAGCAGAUACUCUAUCUAGCUAUCUAGCUGUGUGUCGGACGGACGGUGCAUGAAGCUCCCGCUCGAGCUUGACCAAGUCGCCCAUAAACAUGGCAAGCAGCUCGUCUUGGCGUAGCAAGCAAAUAGCCCCACUGCAAGGUGCAUUCACGAACAUUGGGUGAUUACAUUAUUUAUUUUGGUAGAGACCACGUGACCCACUAAAAACGGUUCUGACGCACCAGUUGAGAAUCACUGACCUAACGUGAUUGUUAUACCAAUCAAUCCCUUGCUCUUUAUGUUACUACAGUGUACUCAACAAAAUAUAAACGCAACACUUUUGUUUUUGCUUCCAUUUGGCAUGAGCUGAACUCAAAGAUUUAAAACAUGUAUGUACAAAAGGCCUAUUUCUCUGAAAUAUUUUUCACAAAUCUGUUUAAAUCUGUGAGCAUUCAUAAUUAAUGGCCACAAUCGAAGGCCACUCCAAAAUGCGUAGUUUUACUUUCCCGCAAUCCUUGGUUUAUCGCGGUUCAUCGGUUCCAGACCCGACCGUGGUAAAUGAAUUCUCACAAAGUAAGAUUCCUUUUUAGAAAUUGCAUAUUUUUGUUGUCAGAGCAUUAUUAAAGCCCUCACGACAUUAAAUAGCACCCCUAUAUUCACCUUUACACUGCACCCAAUAUACAGUGGUGUGAAAAGUGCCCCCUUCCUAAUUUGUCAUACAUAAAUGUUUGACAUCAUCAAACACAUUUAAAUAAAAAUGAAAACACAACUGAACACAAAUUGCAGUUUUUAAAUGAAAAUUUUUAUUAUUAAGGGAGAAAAAAAAAGUCCAAACCUACAUGGCCCUGUGUGAAAAAGUCAUUUCCCCCUAAAGCUAAUAACUGGUUGGGCCCCCCUUAGCAGCAACAACUGCAAUCAAGCGUUUGCGAUAACUUUAGAUGAGCCUCUUACAGCGCUGUGGAGGACUUUUGGCCCACUCAUCUUUGCAGAAUUGUUGUAAUUCAGCCACAUUGGAGGGUUUUCCAGCAUGAAACGCCUUUUUAAGGUCAUGCCACAGCAUCUCAAUAGGAUUCCGGUCAGGACUUUGACACGGCACACUCCAAAGUCUUCAUUUUGUUUUUCUUCAACCAUUCAGAGGUGGACUAGCUGGUGUGUUUUGGAUCAUUGUCCUGCUGCAGAACCCAAGUCAGUUUCAGCUUGAGGUCACAAACAGAUGGCUGGACAUUUUUUGGUAGACAGCAGAAUUCAUGGUUCCAUUUAUCACAGCAAGUCUUCUGAAGCAGUGAAACAGUCCCAGACCAUCACACUACCACCACCAUAUUUUACUGUUGGUAUGAUGUUCUUUUUCUGAAAUGCGACUUUACCUUACCUUCAGACCUUCCUUUUGUCUCGUCAGACCACAAAGUAUUUUCCUAAAGGUCUUGGGGCUCAUCAAGAUGUUUUCUGGCAAAAUUGAGACAAGCCUUAAUGUUCUUUUUGUUCUGCCGUGGUUUUCGUCUUGGAACUCUACCAUACAGGCCGUUUUUGCCCAGUGUCUUUCUUAUGGUGGAGUCAUGAACGCUGAACUUAACUGAGGCUAGUGAGGCCUGCAGCUUCUUGGAUGUUGUUAUGGGGUCUUUUGUGACCUCUUGGAUGAGUCGUUUCUGCGCUCUUGGGGACAUUUCGGUUGGCCGGCCACUCCUGGGAAGGUUCACCACUGUUCCAUGUUUUCACCAUUUGUGGAUAAUGGCUCUCACUGUAGUUUGCUGGUGUCCCAAAGCUUUAGAAAUGGCUUUAUAGCUUUUUCCAGAUUGAUAUAUUUCAAAUAAACUAUAAUAACCAUGUAGGUUUGGAUUUUUUCCUCUCUUAAUAAUAAAAAGUUUAAUUUAAAAACUGCAUUUGGUGUUCAGUUUUAUUGUCAUUGACUAAUAUUUCAAUUUGUUUGAUGAUCUAAAACAUUUAAGUGUGACAAACAUGCAAAAAAAAUAAGAAAUUAGGAAGGGGGCAAAAACUUUUUCACACCACUGUAGUAGAGUAAAUAAACCAUUUAAGACAUAAAUAAGACUCCUGUUUGUGUGUGUCAAAGUAAACGUGUUCCCCAGGGGAGCUGAGUGAGUGGCGGACAGGAAGUGACGUCAAGGGUUCAAAGAUGAGUUUCAGCUUUGCGUGGGUAAAAUGGCCAAAGCAGUAGCCUGUGUUUUUAUAAGGGAUUUUUAUUCGGGAUUAUUGUGCCUGUUGUGAGAUCAUUCAAACCUGCAAUAAAAGCCUGUUUGUUCCGGCGAUCAAGUCUGGCAUUUGUGUGUCUUACCAAACAUUAACACGAACAUUACUGACACUUAGUGAGCAGUGUAGUCAAUACUACAUGGCAUCAGCAGUUUUGAAUGCAUCUUUUGAGCCUUCUAGUUGUAUUUAGUUCGUUUAGCCAUUUUUAUGCUUGAAAAUACCUAAUUUAAGAAAAACAAUACAGAACAUUUGUUCAAGUAUCCAUAUUUUUUUCAUUAAUAAUGGCCAGUGUUCAACCCCAAAACAAUUCAUAUAUUUUUGAAAGACCGUGACCACAAAAUUCGAAGCGCAAAGAUGGCGAGGGACGAAGUUUUACAUCUUCAAGUUCAGCUCGUAAAAAAUGGGAACAAAAACAAAACUGUUGCGCUUACAUCUUUGUUGAGUGUAUAUUAUUCUUUUUUUUUUGGUUCAGUGCAGUUUCUUGACAAUGUUUAAAUAUAAAAAUGUUGGUGCUUACAAAGAUUGAGGGAUUUGAGCAUCAGCCAGGGAUUUCUCAGCCCCUCAAUCUGUCUCUCUUCAGGCGCACUUGAACGUUCAUCUGAAAUGCUCCCCAGAAAAUUUUGGCUGCAAGUUCAAGAGUUUUCCUCAAGAAGUUAGUGCAAGCAAAAAGUUUGUUAUGAAGUUAUGACGUGUUAUAUCAAAGUCGACUUGUCGAACUGGCGCUUUAACAGAUUAUCUCAAAGAAGUUUUGUCAAGGCUUAAUGAAAAGCAACUCUGCUUAUGGGCUUGUGUCAUCACACUUCAGAGCGCACCCAUCUUGAUCUGAAAUAAAGACUUCUAAAUGUUUGAAUAAAUUAUUCAAACAUUAAAAAAAUUAUCCAGAAAUAAGUGAGUGGAAAAUGUUUCCCUGUGGUGGUUGAUGCUGGAUGACUCUUCAAUCUGAGAAAUUCCUAAAGGAAAACAGUAAUGAUGUAUCUCCUUGAAAAAGGCUAAAAAAAAAAUCUGUUUUAAUCCGUUUGUGGUGGCAAACAUAAUGGAAGGAAGCAAUUUUCCUACUAAUGCAAAUAUCCAAGGCUGUAAAAGACAAAUCUGGGUGAGAUUGGACUCUUAAAAAGGGAAGAAUAUCAUGUUAUAAACAAUGAGGUUAACAGGGUCAGAAUCGAAUGAUUCAGAGGCAAACAGGUGCAAAUUGCACCUUAUAGUGCAGAAACCGACAGCAGUGAUUUUCCCAACCGCUGUCAGCUUAAAGGGCAAUCAGAGUCAAGGCAAGGAGGGACACACGCUGCCGGAUUAGCUCUUAUCUCUCCGGUUGCUCCUCCGCCUCCUGAAUAUCCUCACAAAAUAAACACAGCUGUUACUCUCGCUAUCUGUGAUUUGUGUCUGACACAUAAAUGUUGUAUAUACAGGACCUUUUUUUAUACAUUUGUCAACAUGAAUCACUUGUGACCGCGUGAUUUUUCUCUCUCGCUCCUUCAAGUGAGACCAACACAUCGGCGAGGUCGGUUUCACCACUAAAAAGCCAUGGUGAAGAGAACUCGAAUGAUUUUGAGCACGUUCACACAGCCAUACGUGUGUCGCCGUUCCACUUUCAGACUUGCUUGUAUAGUCCAGCAGAGACACACACAUGCACAUACACUCCUCUUGGCCUUACUGUACAUAUAUGCGAGUUCUAUUCCAGUGUUUCAAGGUGACUGCAAAGGCCAAAGGGCCCUCGUACAGUUAGUGUGACUGCCAGAGGACAAAAGGACGUUCUUUGACACCUUUAGUGUCUCAGAGCAGGCAUCCAGAUGCGAAUCUGGGACAAACACAGAAGCACGGGCCGCCCAUGUCCACACAAUGAAUCUCUUGACUUUUUUUUUUUUCAAACGCCGCCGUUAUGAUGUUGCUUGUUGACAAACGGCAACGACUCUCUUCGCCGUAUUACUGGUGAAGCUAUAGAAGAGAUAGCAAACGAUUGAAGAACGAUUGCUCUCCUGCAUACUUUCCACUUCUGUGUGGACAAUGGACACGAGUGACCCGUUUUUUGCAGGAGUGUGGCCGCCACCACAACAAAGACCAGUGGUUCUUUAGAGAUCUCCUUACUCAAGUCCAAGUGUACAUACUGUAGUAUUUGCUCGCUAAACAAACCAAGUUUAAUGUACGACUUGAGCUUUUUGCAUGUCUUUUUAUAACGGCCGGAUGAAUUCUAUUACAGUAACCAUCCAACAUGUGACAACGUCUGACAACCGGCAUGACCGAGGUUGCACUCCAAAUGAGAUUCUCGCAUACCAUAGCCACAGUUUGAGAUGAAAAAUUAUAAUGUUGUAAUAAUAAUUGCACAGGUAUCUAAAGUCAAAGAAAAAUAGCUUUUUGUAAAUUGUCGACAGCACAAGCAUUUUGUAUUGGUGUUUGUACCCAUUUUGUAAAAAAAAAAAAAAAAAAGGAAGAAAAAGAUGGAAAAGAGAGAUUAUGUUGUUUCAAGUGUGUGUUUAUAGUGCAACCUUGAUUUCCAAAUACCAUACAGUACCUGCACAGUAUGCAGAUAAACAUUGUAAAAUAGAUACUGAGCUGGAGAAUCAUUUUCAGGACUGUGUGUUACAAAUAAAGAAUCCCCCUGCUUAUAAGAACACUGCCUCAUCUUUGGAUCUGCAGUUAGUCUCUCAAGUGCUGUUUAACUGUUAAAGGGGACAUAUCAUGGCAAACAGACCUUUUUCAUUGCUUGUAUAAACAUAUUGGGCUCUCUGGAGUGUCUGCUCAACCAUCAAGUGUGUAAUUACAAAACAUUACACAGGCAAGUUAUUCAGUGACGUGACUCCUUUGGAGUGUUUUUUUUUAUGUUAAUACAUUUUGCUUAUUAAGAGAAUAACAAGAAAACGAAGAUA